GUGUGGGACUUGAUAAAGCUUGGAGAUUAUCUUAGUGCAAGGGAUGAUGUCGAUCCCUCUAGGAUAGGGAUUAUUGGUGAAUCACUCGGAGGUAUGCAUGCAUGGUUUGCUUCUUUUGUGGAUACACGAUACAGUGUUGUUGUUCCAAUAAUUGGUGUUCAGGGAUUUCAAUGGGCAAUAGAUAAUGACAUGUGGCAAGCUAGAGUUGAUAGCAUUAAGCAUUUAUUUGAAGAAGCAAGAAUUGAUUCAGGGAAGAGUGAAAUAGAUGCAGAGGUUGUGAAAAAGGUUUGGGACAAGAUAGCACCUGCUACGGCUUCACAGUUUGAUGCUCCCUACUCAGUUCCUCUGAUUGCACCACGUCCACUCCUCCUCCUAAAUGGUGCGGACGACUCUCGUUGCCCAGUCCUUGGUCUACAAGAACUUGCCUCCAAGGCUGUCGAGGCUUAUGCAGAAGCUGGUUCUGCGGAUAAGUUCAAG